AUGUCGUCGGCGGUGGUCGAGCCGUGUCGUGCGGUGCCCAGUUCGAUCUCGCAGUUGCUGCCCAGCAUGAAGAGUAUCAAUCUGACGUUCAUUGUUCUCGAAGUUGGGCAGUCGCGUCGCACUCCACAGGGACAUGAUGUACGCACGAUACGUGUUGCUGAUCCGACAGGCUCUGUUUUGAUGGGAGUUUGGAAUGAUGUUGGUGAUCACAUCUCGCCCGGUGAUAUAUGGAGAUUGAGGUGA